GUCUAUUCAAAAACUACUCCUCGUUAAGGUUACAUAUCAUCCAAUAGGGAAAUCGAUAUUAGUGACUGUGGACAUUGGUUUUAUCAAGUGCAGUCUCAACAAUGGUAAUAGCGAACAAUUUAAAAAAAAUAUUGAAAAGAUUGGGAAAAAUCAAUCCUGGGAAGGAGCUUUAUUGCCAGAUUUGAUAUUUGAUAUUCAGCAAAGCAGUGAAUUAUUUAAUAAAGAAGUGGAUUUAUCGAGGACUGACCCUUUGCUUUCUC